AUGAAGACAGAGAAUCACACUAUGGUGAGUGAGUUUAUUUUCCAAGGUUUCUCCAAUUUCCACGAGCAUCAGUUCACCCUCUUUGUUAUAUUCCUUGCACUCUACAUAUUAACCUUGGCAGGCAAUGUCAUCAUUGUGAUCAUCAUUAGCCUUGACCAUCACCUUCACACCCCCAUGUACUUCUUCCUCAGCAUGUUGUCAGCUUCAGAAACCAUGUACACAUUGGUAAUUAUACCAAGGAUGCUCUUUAGCCUCAUAGGCCUCAGUCAACCCAUUUCCUUGGCGGGCUGUGCUACCCAGAUGUUCUUCUUCAUCACGUUGGCCAUCAACAACUGCUUCCUCCUCACAGCUAUGGGGUAUGACCGCUAUGUAGCUAUUUGCAAUCCGUUGAGGUACUCUGUUAUCAUGAACAAGAAGGUGUGCAUCCAGUUAGUGUGGGGGGCCUGCAGUAUUGGUUUAAUUGUCGCAAUUACCCAGGUGUUAUCUGUGUUUAGGUUGCCCUUCUGUUCCACAAGGGUAGCUCAUUUCUUCUGUGACAUCCGACCUGUGAUGAAGCUCUCCUGCAUUGACACCACCAUCAAUGAGAUCCUGACUUUAAUCAUCAGUGUUCUGGUAAUCCUAGUUCCUAUGGGCUUGGUUUUUAUUUCCUAUAUCCUCAUCAUCUCUACCAUUCUUAAGAUUGCCUCUUCUGAGGGCAGAAAGAAGGCCUUUGCCACCUGUGCUUCUCAUAUCACUGUGGUCAUUGUCCACUAUGGCUGCGCCUCCAUUGCCUACCUCAAGCCCAAGUCAGAGAACACCAGGGAUCAGGAUCAGUUGAUCUCAGUCACCUACACUGUCAUCACGCCUUUACUGAACCCUGUGGUGUACACCCUUAGAAACAAAGAGGUGAAAGAUGCUCUGUGCAGGGCUAUUGGAAAAAAACUCUCCUAA